AUGGCCAGAGCAUUAUCCACUAUAGAUGUCAUUAGGGUUGCAAUAGCAAGAUACCUCCAAUUUUAUUCCCAAGGCCAUGCUGAUCUUUCCUGGCUUAACAGUUUCUGUGGCAAUGUUCUUGAGAAUUUUUCUGAAGAGGACAUCAAAGAUGUGGAACUCAUGUAUUGUCUACUAGUUUCUGCUGAGAAAAUUGGAAGCCUGCAAUUUGAUAGUGCUAGCAUAUUCCUGAACCAGUGUGAAAAAUUUUCUUCCAAAAAUGGUUCCUCAGUUCAGAGAAUUGUCCAUUACUUCCGUGAAGCUUUUCAGGAGAAGAUUGAUCAACAAACUGGGAGGAUCUCAUCAAAGGGAGAGAAAGGUUAUAAGGAAAGUAUGCUGUUAUUUCCAGAAGUGAUGGUGGUGAAUUUAAGACCUGCCCUCAUUGCUUGUUACUUAGAACUCCCCGUCUAUCAAGCCACUCAGUUUGCAGGAAUGCAGGCAAUCAUCAAGACCAUGGCGACAGCAAAAAGGGUUCAUCUGAUUGACAUUGAAAUCAGAACUGGAGCACAAUAUAUACUGCUGAUGCAAGCUCUUGCAACCCAACAUGAACCCCAGGUGGAGCUUUUUACAGUAACUGCAGUUGGGACAACAUUGAGAAAUGAAAUUGAGGAGACAGGUAAAAGGUUGGCAUACUUUGCUAUGACCUUAAAUUUACAGUUCUCAUUCAAAAUUGUUAUGGUGAGAAGCCUGAAAUAUCUCAAUGAGAACCUAUUUGAAUUGCAGAAAGGUGAAGUUGUAGCAAUCUAUGCUUCAAUGACACUUUGUCACUUGAUCAGACUGCCCAGUUGCUUGGAGUCUGUAAUAAGAGUGCUUAGAAAUACAAAUCCUAGAAUCAUGGUGGUGACUGAAAUUGAAGCAAAUGAUAAUUUACUGUCUUUUGAAGACAGGUUUUUUGAAGCACUUUUUUACUACAGUAGUUAUUUUAAUUGCCUGGAAGAUUGUAUGUCGCCAAGUGAUGAAAACAGAAUGAGUUUUGAAGAAAUGUGCUUGGGGCAGCCUAUCCGAAACAUUAUUGCCAAUGAGGGCGAGCAGAGGAUUGUCAGGCACAUGAAGAUUGAUGCUUGGAGGGCUUUGUUCAGCAGGUUUGGACUGGCUGAAACAGAGCUCAGCAUUUCUUCACUGUAUCAGGCAGAACUGGCUGUGAAUAAUUUUGCUUGUGUGAAAGGCAAAUCUUGCACACUUGAAAAAAAGGGAAAAAGUUUGAUUGUUGGAUGGAAGGGAUCGCCACAUAUCUCUCUGUUUGGAAGCUUCAGAAAGAUGAGAAAAGAAUUUGUAAUGUAA